AUGAGUGAUGUAGAUAGUUUGACAUCACCAACAGCAACAACUGUUGAGGAUAAAAAUAAAAACAAUACAAUAAACAACAGUAAUAAUAAUAGUAGCAACAAUAAAGCAAUAUUACCAUUUGACAUAAAAUUCGAUGAAAAUUUAAAUAAAAAUGAAAAAAUUAAUCAAAUGCUUCAAAAUAUAUUUGAAAAUCUUCAAGAGCUAAAGAAUAGAAUGAUAGUCAACAAAGAGAAAAACUCUGAAUUUUUUAAAAUUGGUAAUGAAAUAAUAAAGAAAUCUGAAGAAAAACAAAUACAAUCAACAAUCAUAGAUAAUAAUAAUAGUACU